CGAAACCUUUGAACACAAAAUAUGGCGGACUUUCGGUAGGAGGAGCACGGAUCGGCGAAAAGCUUGAAUAUCAAAUGAACUACAGUUCAGUUUCCUCCGUAGAAUUAGUUAGAAGAUUCAAAAAUUUCUAAGUUAGUUUUAAAAUGUCUGGGGAACACACACCAAGCUUAAGCGACGAGGAAGAUGACGACUUAGAUUGCAGUAAUUCGCAGCCUCAACUACCAGAAUUGCAGGGGACCUUGUCAAAAUGGACUAACUAUCUGCAUGGAUGGCAAGAAAGAUGGGUCGUCUUAAGCAAUGGUACUUUGUCCUACUACAAGUCAGAGUUUGAUACAGCGUUUGGGUGUCGAGGAUCUAUGAGUGUUGCGAAAGCAACUAUUCAAGUAAGUUCGAUAUUUCUGUGGUGCGAGUGAAAUAUAGAUUGCGUACUAAGCUUACGAAAGAGAUGCAGUUCAUUUUAUAAAUCCAAUAUUAUCAAUAUUGCGAACGAUAGAAGGAAUUAUAACUCCAGUGGAAUGCACACCGAUUCUUGAUGCGAGAGAUCGCCACUACUGCCUAGAAAUGUAAUUCUCCGGAUAUGUGUCAGAACAUCGCAAUGUUUCAUGAUAUCGACAAAGGGCGACAAAAACGCAGCUUGUUUUGGCUUUAUUUUGACGUCGUAUCAACAGCCGAGCGGUUAUUAUAGUGUAAUUUUUCUAUGUAUAAAGAUAUUGUUUCUAAAUAUUUGCCGCCUGGAUUCUUGUUAUAAAAGGCAGCCAAUGUGACACUUGAAUGACUCUAAAAUAUUAUUCAUCAAAGCAUUUUCAAAUUCCAGACUCUCGACCACGCAUUUGUCAUGCUGUAACACGAUUCUACUGUAGCUUUUUUUUCUAUUGUUGUGUAAUUUGAACCCAUUCUGUAACGUUUUUCGGCAUGUAUUUUGUUUUUCUUAAAUAAAAGAUUUCCUAUAAUUAAUCCGGGUAAUUUCAACUGGCGAAAUAUUUAUAAUUACAACUGCCAUUGCGUUCGUGUUUACAGAUCUGUUUCUUUGUGUAUAGCUGCGUUUUUCUGUGUCUGUUAGUCACAAAUUGCUUUUGAGAAUUACGAGGUUUCUUAGAAUGUAACUUCUAUUACAAAAACAAACUUCAGUGGUAGACAUGACAUGAUAUAUUUGAUUUAGUCUUUAAUGUGUAGCCAUGUAGGGGGAAAAAUAAAGGAAAAAAGUUUUAAGUAGAGGUGGAACAUAAGUGCAGAGUAUAGAGAUGCUGUAAUAGUGUAAGAGGAAAAGACAGAAAGAAAGAAAUUUGAGUAAAUGUGGUUGAAUACAUAUCAGAGCAGAUGUUGUGUAUGUAUUGUUAUGGCAAUUUGAAGGUGGAUUUGUUUCAAUGAUAGUUAAAGAUAAAGGAAACUUUAGGGUUGCAAACUCCAAAUGGUAGUCUUGUUGGUGGAAAAUACUUCAGUCAUUCAGUGUUAUUCUUGGCUUAGCUUUGUAAACCAGGGUUUAGUCAGGGAUGGGGUCAAGACAUUUAGAAGCUUGCUCGUGGCUGACAAGGCCAAGAUAAGACAAACAGUUAUUGCCAUGGACUGAGGCUGCAGUUUAAGGUUUAUAGGUUAUUUGGAGUGGGUCAGCUCUUUGUACAUUCUCUUGUCUUUUAAAGUCGAGAAGAUUGGUUAAUUCAUUUUCAGUCAUCUUAUGGACCGUUUCUCUUCAUGAUGCAAAGUUAUUGCUUCUGUCAUUCAAUGUCAGUUGUCAGCAAUGCAGGCACUGAACAUUCAAAUUUACCUUUUUUUAGCAUUUGACGAGUUGACUCUAACCAAGGUUUUUCUUGAGUGUUAUUUCUUCUUGAAAUCAAAAAAGAUAAUUGCACCAGUUUAAUGCAAAAAGAUUAUAACAAAAGAGGUGUUUAUUGCAUGAUUAUAUCUACAGAAAUUAAUCAGCAGAAGUGUCCUCACUGAUCCCUCAGAAUAGAAUGUUACAGUUGAUUGUUGUUGUGAUACAAUCACACCUAUUUUUGGAUCAACAUGUUUUUUUGUCAAUCUUUGUCUUUUGCUUUACCUCAGUUCUCAUCUGUUCUAUUUUUUAAAUAACGAUGUGGGGUUUGAAAAUUUGUUUAAUUUGCAAACGUAAAUGUAUAUUGAACACUUUGAGUUUACCUUUCUUUAUGAUGGACAUGGAAAGAAAAUGAAAAAUUAGGAAACUUAGAGGACAAGGAAAAAAUCUAAUCAGUUAUACCAAACACCUUCUGCACAAACAUUGAGAAACUGAUGAUGUGUGCAGAGCGUGAGAAAAUCCUUGUUUGUAAUUAGUCGCUUGUGGUUACUGAAUUAUUAAAUGGAAUAUCUUGUAUAUGAAGUGUCUAUUCCUUUUUCUAACAGCCUCACGAGUUUGAUGAAUGCAGGUUUGAUGUCAGUGUCAAUGACUGUAUGUAUUAUUUGAGGGCACCAGACAUUGAAGAACGCCAGAAAUGGGUUAAUGGACUGGAAGCUGUAAAGGUAAGUUCAAGCAUGUCAUUUGUGGGUUAAGUCAAUACAUUUCAUACAGACGGUAGUAAAUGUGUAUUGAAUUUCAUGGUUUAGUUUUUGGUCAGAAAUUAUUUAGAACUACUUGAACUUCAUUGGGUAAACAUUAGAUAUUGUUCUUUCAUUAUUUUGAAGGUAAACUUGUGGAAUCAGCUUCUGUUUAUUUGUUUAUGAAACUGCUUUGACCUUUUUUUAAUUGUGUUAUAAUUUUUACACACAACUUUAAAAGCAUUUUCUGAUGUUUAAGAUAUGCUAAUGAAAAGCUUUUUAGGUUUCUGUUGGUGUAAAUGGUUCAUGUUCAAUAAACAAUGGGGCUUUACAACAUGAACAGAUUUAGACAAGGUUCUAAUUCAAGAUAAAGUUUCGUUCAAUUUGUCUUUGGAGAAAUAUUCAGGAAGAAAACUUCCCUUCCCCCUAACAUUUCAAGCGGAAAAGAUUAAUUGUAGAACAUGCUGCAUUGUAUAUGAACCCUACAGUUCUAGGGCAAGCUGUUGUUUUCCAGCUAGAUAGAACUACAUUAAUUCUAAUUCAUCAAGGCAUACAUCUGUAGAACUUUCCUUGUAUACUGUACUUGUAAUUUAUUCUAAACUUACCCCUUCAGAGUCUCACAGAUCUGACUCAACUCCAGUGAGGAGACACUCAAGAAAUGAUAGUUUUAUUUCUAGCAUUGAGACUCUGGUCUUGUGAGAACAUUCAAUAUAAUAUCUGAAAUAAACUCCAAGGCAGUGCUGAAUCUGAGUACAAACAAGCUUUCUGUUUAUUUAUUUUUUAUUUGUGUCAUUUCAGGCAGCAGAGUCUGGCUAUGGCUCAGAGUCAAGUCUCAGAAAAGGCGGCUCUAUGCUUUCAUUGUCAUCUGUCACAAGCUUAUCAACAACAGCAUCAUCUUCUUCUUUCAAGGUACGUUGUGUGUUUAUACACUAAUUUUUGAAAUGAUCCAUUUUUGUAUCUCACAAAUGUACCCUUUUCAUGUACUUUUACAUGAUACAUAAUAUUUUUGGGGUGAAAUGUUGGUUCGUAAGCCCUAAAGGUAUUCUUUUGGGGCUACUCUCAAAAAAAUGUUUCCUUUUCCAUCACCUCCUCUUUGGUAAAAUUGGGUGGGUGGGUUCAGUGAAAGAGAGAAACUUCAUGGGUGAGUUUUGUUAGGGAAUUAGUGAAGCAUCCAAUUUUGGCCUUAUAUAAAUUAUUUUUACCUACCAGAGACAUUUCAACACUCCUAUUUUCCAUUCAACUACGGAUAUGACAGAAACUCAAAUGCCUGGGGUUGGGAGGGGCAGAGAACAUAAAAAAGGAAUAAUAUACGAACCCUUGUAACCUAGCGUUUAGGUAGGGUAUUAAAACUGGGAUUAAGACAUUACACUGUUAUUGCAACAUGAAUACAUGUACCUGUAAGAUGCAAAAUUUCUUAUGACCUUUGUAUAUUUAUCGUCCUUUUCUAAUGCAUAUGCAUCCAUUGGAGAAGUUUUCACUUAAUUUUUAAACUGUUUACACUUCUAGAAAGGGAGAGGCCUGCGUGAAAAGCUGAUGGAACUUGAGACCUUCAGAGACAUUGUCUGCCAGCAGAUAGACACUCUUCAAAACUACUUUGAUGCUUGUGCAGGAGCUGGUGGGAAUCACAAACAAGUUCUUCAUAUGGAAGGGAAUGACCAUGAUCUCUUUGGCAGCAAUGAUGGAUGUAUGCUAAUCAUUAACAUAAAUGUAGAAAAACUUGUUUUCAUCUGAGUGGUCCUAUAAGUUUUUGGGUUUUGAAUCAUUUUUCACUCAGAGAGCCAUUAAAGAAUCACUUUAAUUCUUUUUGUGAAUUUUGACAGAUUUUUCCUGUUUGGUUGACAUUAUAGUAAACAUUUUAAAGGGAUAGUCAGGAAUUUAAUUCAUCUGUAACUAAAAGUACAGAUGGAUCAUGAUUUGCAAUCUAACAAAAUUUUCAUAUGGAUUUGAUUGAUAGGGCUGUUUAUUUUACAAUUUUUGAAAUGUGUGAGUUCAGUAUUUCAAAAGUUUCUCAAGCUCUGUUGCCUUUCUAUAUGAAGUACAAGUGUAACUCAAACCUUUGUAUUCUAUAGUGGAUAUUGAUGCUGACGAUGAAAUGGAUGAACUUUCAACUACUCCCACUCCAGCCACCUUAAAUCAAGUGGUGGGUAACCUAGCCAACAGGAAAGCAACAUCUGACAGCUCAGACAGUCCACCAGCUGUUCUAUCAAUUGCAAAUGCCAAAGGGGUGGAUUUUAGGGGAGAAUCUCUCACGUUCAAAGCAACUACUACUGGUAUCCUAGAAACUCUUCAACACUGUAUUGAUAUCAUGAAUAAGAGAGAGGAUCACUGGCAGAGACGAUUGGACAAGGUAACUUAUACAUCUUUCUGUGAGAUGAGCUUUAACUCUUCAUUUUGUGUUUCUUAUCAUGAGAUGCAUUAUUUCAUAUUCUUCAUGAUAUCAAUGGCAAAAUUAUUUUAGGAUUUGUUUCCACAUUGACUGUUUCAGUUGAUCAGACAUGCUUACUGUAUGCCUGCAAGUGAGCUAUUUUUGCUGAGCAAAGUACGAUCUUUUCCCUGAGAACUACAUGAAUGUAUAUGAAUACUACCAUGAGAAAUUGAUAGCCACCCUGAAAAAGGACAGCCAAAUUGGCUUGGAAAUGACCUUAUAAAAAUAUAUCGUAUAUGUACAUUACAUUUUCAAGGAAAUAGAGAAGCGUAAGAAAGCAGAAGCAGCUAUAAAAUCAGCAGUUGUUAAUGCCAGAAAACAAGCAUUCAUCGGAGGUCCAGAUUUUGAGGUAAGGAUUUGGUUUAAGUUUCAUGUAUUUAAAGCUGUUACAUUGUACACAUCAUUUGCAUGGGCUGUUAUGUAAAUGUACACUGUUGGGUUAAUUUUUGUGUGAAGAAUACUCUACAAAAUUAAUGUUUUCUUUAAUAUGAACACAUUUAUCCAAUGAGUGUGAUGUCCAUCUAUUUUUGACAGAAAUUUGAUUGAUUGCUAAUAGGAAUUUGUCAUGUCCAGUUGUUUCUUCAUUCUUUCUUGUGGUUGUUAAAUUGGACCCAUGCAUACAUGUAACAGUUAAGUGUUGAAGUGGAUUCUUUUAAUUGCAUGUACAGGUACAAGUAUGCUUACAAACCACUUAAGAUUGUGGGCAAUUCUGCCUUAAUAAUCUACAGUAAGAAUGAUUAUGCCUCGAUGUUGACAAAGUAGAUCAUAACAGAGACCCAGCACAUGAUACUCUUGCCAAUAUUUUUGCUUGUUUCAUGUGGUUAAUAAGUUCCAGUUUAUCACCUGCAUGCAAUCUUACAUUCAGUUAUUGCAUGUAAAAACUGCAUGAUUACAAGCAAUUCUGCUUUAAGGCAGUGCAUGUAAAGUGAGUGUCAAGUCAAUGAUAAUGCAAUGUAUCACUUACAUUAAACAUGCUUUUAAUGCUGCGGUCCCUUCUGUCAUUUCUGUGCCACUGUUAAUUUAAUUUCAAACAUGACUUGCACCCUCUAUUGUAAUAUUGUUAUAGGAAGGACCACACAGUGCUUUGAAUGAAGAAGAGUUCUAUGAUGCAAUAGAAACUGCUCUUGAUCGCCAGGAUGAAGAAGAAGCUACCAUGGUUGGUGUUUUGAUAAUCUGCUUUAUUUACUUCCCUUCAAAUUUAUUAUUACAAUAGUGCAUCCUUACCGUGUCCUUUGUAAUCUAAAGAUUUUUUUGUCAUGAACUAGUUCACUGGAGGCAAUAGAAUGCAAAAUAAAGUACUCAUUUUUUGUGAACAAAGAAUAAAUUACACUUCUUUCUUUCUCUAAACAGCAAACUGGUAUCCACUCAACUCAUUAGGGCCUUUGGCAUACUCAUUUUUAGUUCAACUACUUAUUUUUCCUCAAAUUUGAAAUGAAAUUGGUUUGUUUUCUUUCAGAAUGACUUUCAGAGUAGCACCUUCAUGCCUCCUUCUGAGCUUACAAUAGAAGAACCCCCGCACAGACUAAAAACAGAGGUGAGAGAGUGCUAAACUUAAUAUUUUGUUACUGCAUUUAUCAGCUCAAUAUAAUCACCAAGUAGUCAAUCUUGCAAAUUUAUUUCAUAAUUGUGUUAAACACUUCAAGUCAUCCACAGAUGUAAAUUGUGUAGUGCAUUUUGUUUUUGUCUUCACUCUUUGACUCCCAGAUCAAAUUUGUAACUCUCCCUACCGUCAACCAUACAAUUUUCUUAACAUUAGUGCAGAGAAUUUAGUAUUGGAUGAACUAAUUAUCCCCAAAUUGAUAUUAUUCUUUAUUCUCAUCGCUUAUCUGGUUGAUAUUGAAUUGAUAUUGUAAGGAGAAAUUCUGUCUUGGUCACUCACUGGAGUUAAAGGGUUAACUGACACUGUUCCAAAAUUUAGGUAAGUACACUCUAAAUACAUGUAAGGAUCUUAGAGACCAAAAGAAGAACACACUCCUUGAAUGCCUUAAAACUGCAAUUUCUUUUAAGGUUGAUGAACAUGUAAAAGAAAGCUUACAAAUUGUUUUGGAAAAUGUGGACCACAACUGGAACUUAGUGUAUGAAGAUGGAGAUUUGAAGGUAUCCCAGAUGCUUGUUUUGCUUAAUUAUUGGUUGAGACUAGAACUAAUCCUCUGUUUAGCACUGUCUCACACAGAGACCCUCAUUUGAAGAGUAUGUAAUAUGUGAUUUUUUUAUUGGCAAAGGUAUACCGGCGAGAUUAUGAAGAAGGAGGUAUUGUACUGGAUCCUAUGAAGGCUACCCAUGUUGUGCAGGUACAUAGAGGAUGAUAUCUCAAAUGUUCCCAAUUUUAUUCCUUGUUGUCCUCAUAACUUCACACUGGAUCAGCUUUUAUAGGUUUCAUAUGAGUCUUGGAAAGUUGUGGAUUUCAACAAUAUGAUUAUACAGGCUAGGAAAGUUGUUAGGUUUGAGUGUCAGCUAUGAAAUUUCUUGGAAACGACAGAAAAUAACUUUUCAGAGAACAACAAAGCAAGAAAUACCAUGGUUGUUUCAUCUUUGUAUUCUCUAAAGAGAACAAAGUUUAUGACUGAGGAUCAAGAAAAUCCUUAAAAAAUUAUUGGAAAUAGUCUUUGAAAGUUGUGGGAUUUAAUGCUCUUUUAAGAGCGUGAUUCCUGUUUGUAUAGACAAGUUAAAUUUACAACUAUAAUGACCCCCUGGUAGUUUACCACAAUUGCAGUAUAUCAAACCUCUUGAGUGUAAGCGUGCAAAUAAGUAGCACUUCACAGACAGUUUUGUUUUUAUUUUCCCACAGGGUGUCACGGCCAGGGAGAUGGCUCAUUACUUUUUUGACAAAGAUGUUCGCAUGGAUUGGGAGAGUAAGUGUGAUUUUGCAGUAUACUUAUAAAGCAUCAAUAUUUUGUGGUCAAAACAAGUAUCUAAUCUUCCAUUCUACUUCUCGCUGUGGUUUGGGGUGAUAGUGGCGUUUGGGGCACUACAACGUGUCAGUAAAGAAUACUUUAUGAAACUUACGUGUAUAGGAUUUUCAUUUUGGUGUUACUAUUCAGUUGAUAAAAUUAGAUGUCUGCAGCACAUAAAGAAGAAAACUUUUAUAUCCACAGUUUUUAAUAUUUUGUUGUAUUAAUACUCAUUUACAUGUUACAUGAUAAGCUUAGGAUUCACUCUUCUAAGUACAACCUGUAGCAGCUACUCACGAUAAUUAUAAUGAUGUAAUAAUAAUCAUAAUUUUAAUCAUAAUUUUAAUCAUUAUUCAAUACUCAUAAAAAAGACCUAUGUACAGUGCUUCACUUAAAAAGAAUUAAAUUUGUACCUUAACAUCUGUUAGAAAGAAAAGAAAAAAUCAUGUCUCAAUAUCUCUUGAACUAUAAUCCACGAAAAUGUUUCUCUACUAAUUAUUAUUACUAUUACUAUUAGCAAUCACUACCAAUAUUUAACAUUUUUCCACUAAUUCCUCUUUAAAAUCUGCCAACAACGAUAAAAACAUAGCGUCCUAAAAGUCCUGCUACAAAUAAUAAUAAUAAUAAUAAUAAUAAUAAUAAUGAAAUAAAAAGAUAUAUAUGAAGUAAGGAAACACAUCAAUAAUAACAAUAAUAAUGGUAGUGACAAUAAUAAUAAUAUUGAUUAUAAGAAAAUGAUAUUGAUAGGAAUAAUGACUGUAAUGAUACUCAUCAUAAUAAUGAUAAGAUGGUAAUGAUGAGAAUAAUACUAUCACAACUGUCCAGUUUUUCUUUGAUACACUUCCAUAGAUUAAUGAGGUUAUAGAUAAAGUUACUUACAGGUACAAAAAAAUUCGAACAGCCCUUAAAAAUUAAUUACAGAAAAUAAGAUUUGAUUCAAUCUUUUAUAAUAAGCAAAACUUUUUUUUUCCCCCAACUUGUGGAUAAUCCUGGAACAAAUAUUUACCAGUAAAAGUUAGAGCAUUAAGAGGAAUUUGAGGUGUUCAGUUAAUUAAGCAAGGUCGUAUUUGUUGUUUUAUUUCAUGUACAGGCACGUUGGAGUCUUCAAAAGUUUUGGAACAACUCAGCGAGAGUUCGAUUAUAAUGCAUCAGAUUUUCAAGCGGGUGUGGCCAUCGUCCCAGAGAGAUACAGUUUUUCUUUCUCAUAUUCGGGAAAUUCCGUUAAGCGAUGCUGGUGAAAGAGUAGAAAACGAAGUUGGACGGCCGUGGAUUGUUUGUAACAAUUCAAUGGAACAUCAGGAUGCUCCGGUACUUGUUGUUGCCGAAAUUUUUUACGUUAAACUAUUUGAAACAGUUGUUCAGUUUUUGUGCUCCAAACUAUCACCAAAGUUUCGUUCAUAAAGUUGUCUACAUUUAUUUACUCUGAAACCUGUGGUUGCUUUCGUUUGGGUUUUUAGAUAAAUCCUCAAUUGGCAGUCGAAAGGUGAAAACCCAGGUUAUAACAGUGACAAGUCAGAUGAGUCUCAGAUCAGGAAUUAACAUUAUCGUUAGUCAACGAGAACGCGCAGUAAACACUGGCAAGCUGCCCGAAGCGCGGGAAACCGCGAAUAAGCAAUUGGCGGUUGCUUUUUUCUUUUUUGUAUCUGAUUGGUUGAAAAAAGAAAAAGCGAGUAUUAAAUUAGUCUUCUAGGGCAAUCACAGAGCAAAGUAUUGCACGACUACAGCAAUCCCGUAGUACUUAAAACACUUGAUUGAAACUCAUCCUAGUCUACUAACUCAACCAAAUGGUAUUGUGUUGACUACUGCUUCGAAAUUUUUCAAGUAUAUCUGGAAUGAUAACUACAUGUGGCUCGCUUUUAUUCAAGUCCCAUCACAAAUGUUUUCUCCUGGCUAUUGUCUAAUGUAUGACUGUUCUCACUUUAGAUGAACAAGUUUGUACGCGCUUCGAUCGUUGUGGGUUUGUAUUGUCAGACGUUUAUUGAACCAAGAGCUGAGGGGGAGAAGCUUACUCGAGAUCAUGUAACCUGCAAAAUUACCUACACUGCAAAUGGUAUGAGAGUCGAUUGAACGAAUUUCUAGAUGAUAACCUGUAGUAAUUUUGGCUUAAAAACUCCCAUCGUUCACAAAUCAUCGUUACGUCUUAACUUUGUGUUUUGUGAUGUAAUUGCCUUUUUUUCUUUUUUCUGCAGUAAACCCGGGAGGUUGGGCUCCACCUUCGGUAGUGCGAGCUGUAUCAAAACGUGAAUACCCGAAGUUUCUCCGAAAAAUCAGCUCAUUCUGUCAAAACGCGUGUAAGGACAAACCCAUCACCUUGUGAGUGGAGAACAUGGAGUACACUUUAACGGUCCUUGAAGGGAAACCCAGGUCAUGGAUAUCGUCAACAGUCGACGAGGAUUUUCCUCGCGGAACACGGAACAUUUUUCAUGUGGAGAUGAAAACUUAAUUUGGAACCAACAUAAUUUUGUUAUUAAGUACACCUUGGAACAUUUAGUGAUAAAGCUUUAAGACCUCUGCUCGCCUCGCCCCGCAAGGUUGGUGGCAUUUUUACACAAAAAUCGAUUUAAAAAAACGCUUACUAAACAAGCCGUAAUGAGAGUGAACGUGAGUGAAGCAAAUCAGCAAAGAAAGAAGAAACGAUUUUACAGUACUUAUUAGAAUUACAGUUCACGACUCUCCUCUAUAAAAGCUCCUGAUCCUUUACUUGAGCCUUUGGAUGUCAGCUCAGAGAAGCUACUUCAACGGACUUUGGCUUACUGUAGAAUACAAUAGAAUAACCUCUUGCAAACUAGCAAUUUUCAAUUUAGUAUUUAAAAUGACGCGGGUUGCUUUGGUUUUGCUAUGCUACGCACUGUGAUUGGUUUAGAACGCUCUUGCCAUCCUCUCGACCAAUCAGAUGUAGGACCACAACCAAUCACAACUUGGUCGCCCUUGUUUUCUCACGCAAUGCGGUUUUCUUGUGUUUUCUUGUUGUAUUGGCUCCGCUUUGUAUUUAGCUCUGUUCUGAUUGGCUGUCGAGAUUUUGAUUUUGAUUUUCACAGCCCUCAAUCGAAAUGCAUUUUGAAUAGAAAGAAAACCUCUCGAAAAACAUUUGCUAGUUUUGAAAAACACUACUAAGGUAAAGAAAUUAAACCAAAAAGGAAAGGGUGUGGGUGGGGUUUGCAAAGAUUGAAACAGAUGACAAUAUCAUUGUCUUGUAUACUCGAAUUGUAACGUUCCUGCAAAUUAAGUUGAAUGUUAUUGUGGUUAUUGACAAUUUUUUUUACAAUUAAGCAAUUUUAAAGGCGUCGACUGCGCUUCUUAGUUUUACAGUAAAUACCCUAUAAGUUGUGGAAAGUGCAACGAGAUACGAAUUUGAAUGUACAGGUUUUUACUUUUAUCUCGAAUUAUGCAGAUGUGACGAAUUUGUAAAAAAGAUAUAGCGUCAAAAAUUAGAGACCUACAAUGACUUAGAACGAACUUGUUUCGUGGACUCCUUGGUAAGAAAUGAAGUCAGCGAAAUAAGAUCUUGAUUGAAUAUUGUUUACCGUGAGAUAAAUUAAAAAUAGUUUAUUUUGCAAUGAAUAUACUUUAAAAUCCUAAAAGGACCAACUUUAUGAUCAAUAUUUAUUACGCAAGAACUUAACCGAGCAAAAACGAAAAAGAAGAAGUGAAUGAAUUUUUGUUUUGGACGUAAUUCUAUGGAAACUUUAAUGAAUGAAUAUGGACGGGUUUAGAAGAAAGCACGCACAUGUUGUUUUGUCAGGGAAUCUAAAUAAAAACUCGAUAAUGAUUGCC